AUGGAUGUUUUACAAGACUACGUCUCUCCUCCAUCUCUCCCUUUGCUUCUUGACGGCAGCCCGGGCGUUACGGCGGUGGCCCGCGCCAAUGGCAUCAGUGGUCCAGUCGCCCACAAACUUAGCAUCUAUCUACGGCAGAAGGCUAUGAAGAUGGACGCGUUCAUUGCGGAAUUAGUGAAGGCGACCGAGUACUGCGGCGUCAAGCACGUGCAAAAGGCGCUGGUGACCACACUUGGCAUCGACGCCUUGGAAUCGAUCAAACUCGUUAGUGUUCUUGUCCCCAAGGACAACAACGAGCGCCGGGACAGUAACGCCUCAACUGGAACUGAGCCUUCCAAAUCCAAGCAAGUGGCCAAGCACUUGUCCUCCACCAUACCAUCGAAGUACCAGGGGGUCGUUAAGAAGAUUGUGAAGCCCGACGCCAUCAAGAUAAACAAGUGGUACACGUGCGGGUUCCUUAUCCUUGGGAUUACCUGGGACACCCUGUCGUCCGCACUGGCGAAGAAGGACAAGCUUAAGGGCGCGGUGAAAAAGACAACCGACGUUGUUGACCUUAAGAACUUGGGGAAGCGGUGGAUGGUGGCGCUCUUCAAGUCACUGACUGGAGAGAGCCUGUCAAAGCUUCAGCAGGAAGACAAGGCUACGUACGACGCUGUCUAUGACGCCUUGAAGACGAAGCUGCAGAACGCGAUGGUCAACCAUCAGUCAGAGAAGAAGAAGUCGGACUUCUUCAAGGCCAUCGGACUGACGACUGCAGACAAGGCUAAGCUCGAGACCGUGGCGACCAUGGACGCCGUCCGUGCGACCGAGCUCUUUAAGGAGUGGGUGACUGCCCAUGUCGAGGGCAGCACUCAGCCAGCAGGUCAGGAACGCAAGAAGAGCAACCACACGGCGGCAACGGAGGGCCAGGCCAACGUUAUGGAGACGCAGCAGGAGCCCCUCGGCCAGAAGAGCAGCCGCCAGGAUGGGGAUGAGGGAGAUGAUGGGGACUACAGCGGGGAGGACGACGGCGAGGGCAGGGAAGACGAGGGCGAGGGCGGGGAGGACGACGGCGAGGGCGGGGAGGACGAGGGCGAGGGCGAGUGCGCGGAGGAUGAGGGCGGGGAGGAUGAGGGUGGGGAGGACGGGGACUGGCCGUACGAGAGCGGGGAUUACAUGGGCGGGGAGGACGAGGACUGGGAGGACAAGGGAGGGGAGGAUGAGGGAGGGGAGGACGAGGGAGGGGAGGAUGACGAGGGGACGGGGGGCAAAGUCCUGCUCGAGGAGUACGGCAGAAGCAAGAGCCAGAAGGUCCACAGCAAGUCCGCGCCUCAACCAACUGGGCGCCGCAAGGUCCUGGUGACCGGAAAACAUGACAAAGGGGCAUUGGAUGCCAGAGGGCGGCCCACGCGCCUGAGGCAACCCUCGGCGAAGGCGCGGGAGAGCCAAGAAACGGUGGCCAUGGUGGUGCCUGCACGAACCAAGCGUCCACGCCCUAAGGAAACCCCACUGGUGUUGCCGGAGGACCCUUCGGCUUUCGGGGCAACAGCGUCAAACCCCGCAAAGAGGAGGGAAUCGCUUGGUGUCGGUAAAGGCCGAGCUGUACAGACCCGCGGGGCUAAGGUGCCGCAGGAGAAGGGCAAGAAGGCCAUGGCGGAGAUUCGGAAGGGGGGACUGAAGAAGCAGCGGAGGUAGCAGACCGCGGGCAGUGAUCAGGAACCUGGAGGGCGCCUUGUCACGACAUUUUAGCGUCACGUUCAUUUUACCGUCUUUUAUAAUCGUCUUUUAUAGUCUGCCGUACGCACGUGUUUUGUUCAGUGCUACAGUCGUAUGACGCGACAGCCUGCAGUUUCAAGUGAUUCUUAAUGUUGACUAAAGAAGGGCCUAUAGUCCUCGUGGUACCGAUUGAGAGAUGUGAGGAGGUUGUAGUAGGCCAUUGGGCAAUGCUUUGUGUAGGAUAAUAUGAACCCGCUAUGAAGCUGGUAAUCGCUGUUUAAUGCGUAAGAGUUUGGUCGGUUAACGUCCUGAUAAUAUCUAUGUUAUUGCCCCAUUACCGGGGACAUUCUUGUAACUGGCCGCCUG